AUGCCUGACUAUGCACCGUGGGAGCCUAACAAUACAAUGGCCGGCAUAUGGAUCGGAAUCAAUGAUGUUGAUAUUUCCUACCAACGCCAGAAUGCUUCAGAGUACAUUAAAGAGUCGGUCGACGUAUGUUUUGAACAGCUUGAGGUCUUAUAUGACACUGGAAUACGAAGCUUUUUUAUAUUACAAGUCCCACCAUUGGAUAAGACUCCAAAGAUCAUAACCAAGAGCGAGAAGCCUACCAAGAAAAUUUCCGAAUACAAUAAGCGUAUUUCCGAAAAGCUAAAAUCUUUUAAUUCUGCACAUGAGGACGCCCGGACCGCGCUCAUUGACACAUCUGCACCUUUCAAUAGUGCUAUCAACAACCCGAAAAAGUACAAUGCAACAGAUGCUACAUGCCAGAAUACAGAUGGAAAGUCAUGCGUAUGA